GUACCGGUUGUUGAACUUGAAGGUAAGACUAUACUCUUGUAUUUCUCCUUGGUUGCAUACCGUAAAUGCCUUGCUUUCACCCCGAAGCUUGUUGAAAUAUAUCAAGAGUUGACAAAAGAGGGAGAGAAUUUUGAGAUUGUGAUGAUACCCCUUGGUAAAGAGGAACCAUCGUUUAAGCAAGCAUUUGAAGGCAUGCCAUGGCUUUCAUUGCCCCUUUUGGACAAAACUUGUGAAAAGUUAGUACGUUACUUUGAGCUCUCUUCCCUGCCAACCGUUGUUGUCAUUGGGCCAGACGGGAAGACUCUUCAUCCUAAUGUUGCUGAAGUCAUUGAAGAACAUGGCCGAAAGGCCUAUCCUUUUACGCCUGAGAAAUUUGCUGAGAUUGAAGAAUUGGAGAAGAUAAAGCGAGAAUCCCAAACUCUUGAAUCAAUUUUGGUAUCAGAAGAUUGCAACUUUGUAAUCGGGAAAGAUGGAGUUAAGGUUCAGGUUUCUGAUCUUGUCGGAAAAAAUAUACUUCUCUACUUCUCUGCGCAUUGGUGUCCUCCAUGCCGUGCUUUUCUACCAAAGCUCAUUGAAGCAUACCACGAGAUCAAAGCAAAGGACGACAACUUUGAAGUGAUAUUCAUCUCCAGUGACAAAGAUCAAACAUCCUUUAAUGAAUUCUUUUCAACAAUGCCAUGGCUGGCACUUCCAUUUGGCGAUAAAAGGAAGGAAUCUUUAAGUCGUCUAUUCAAGAUUCGAGGCAUUCCGAUGUUAGUAGCACUCGGGCCAACUGGCAAGACCAUCACGACCGAAGCCAGACAUCUAAUUGCUUUUCAUGGUGCAAAUGCUUACCCAUUCACUGAGGAACGUAUUAAGGAGAUUGAGGAACAAUACGAAAAGAUGGCCGAGGAGUGGCCGAAGAAAGUGAAGCAUGCACUUCAUGAGGAGCAUGAACUUGUUCUCACCAAGCGCGUAGGUUAUAAUUGUGAUGGAUGCAAUAAAUUUGGACAAGGAUGGUCAUUCUGGUGCAACAAGUGCGACUUUGAUCUCCACCCCAACU